CUUCGGCCUGCUGCUCAGCGGCACUCCGCAUCCGCCCUUGGCGGUGCGUGUUCGGCCCACGAUGUCGCUCGAUCCGGCAGACUGGAAGCUCCUCUCACGCCGCGACCAAGUCGACGGCGCUCUAACCUUGGCCGCAGCCGAGGCUGGAACAGAGGCGCAGGUCGUCACAGUCACGAUCCCGCGAUCUGACGACGCGCCAUCUCUCGGCCUCCUACUCGACGAGAUUGCGACGAGUGGCGACGCCGGCAUUGUCGCCGUCGAGGGUCUCGUCGAGGGCGGCAACGGCGAGAAGGCGACGGCGCCGCUGCUGCCUGGCGACGCUCUCGUCGCGGCGGCAGAGGAGGGUAAGCCAACGACUGGCGUGAGCCUCGAGGGCCUGCCCUUUGACUCUGUCGUCGAGCGGCUCUCCUCCCUCUCCUCGGCCGUCGGCGUCGUCGUGAGCGUGAAGCGGCUCGUGCGCAAGCCCCGCGCGACGGUGACGGUCCGCUUCCCCGAGGCCGAGGGGCGGGAGGAUGCGAGAAUGACCCUCUACCAGGGCGCCAACCUACGCCGCGCGAUGCUCUCGAGCGGCGUCGCGCUCAACGACCCGCUCGCGCGGCGCUUCGACGCGGGGGUGGGCACGGGGGACUGCGGCGGCGAGGGUACGUGCUGCACUUGCGCCGUGGAGGUGGCCAAGGGGCUCGAUGCGUUGAGCGAGCCGAGCUCCCAAGAGGUCCAGAUGGUGGCCAAGCGGUUUCCCCGCUGGCGCCUCGCGUGCAAGGCCACGCUGGGGCCGAUCGAGCAGGACGAGGAGAUCGUGCUCAAGGUGCAGCCGCGCAAUUGGGACGGCUUCUACCGCGACGACGAGGUCGACGUCGACGGCGAGCCGCUUGCCCGCGAUGGCAAGAGAUGAAAUUGAUAGCUGACUUGUCGCAGCUGUUGUGCAAGGUAUAACGCCUGCGAUCUGUCUCAUCUAACACAUAGAUGUUUAAUC